GUGCGGGGAGGACUGUGCGGAGGCACCGGGGCCGGCGUGCCUGGCUGGCAGCCGGUGACAGCGGGCCGGGCCGGCGGGAGCGGGGCGCCAUGGCCGUGGACAUCACGCUGCUGUUCAAAGCCAGCGUGAAGACGGUGAAGACCCGCAACAAGGCGCUGGGGGUCCCGGCCGGCGAGAGCCCCAGGGACGAGCUGCUCAAGCGGGGCAGCCAGCGGCCCAAGAGCGACUUCUCCUGCCGGGCCCGCGAGGUGAUUACUAAUAUUGGGAAACUGAAGGAUUUUCUUCUGCAACACAGAAAGAAUUACAUUAAUGCUUACAGCCAUCUUACGUCUGAAUACAUUAGGAUGACAGACACAGAACGUGAUCAGAUUGAUCAAGAUGCUCAAAUAUUUAUGAGGACAUGUGCUGAUGCCAUUCAACAGCUGAGAACGGAAGCACACAAGAAUGUCCAAUCCCUACAAGUGAGGGAGCACAGAGCAGCUGUCUUGGAUUUCAUUGAAGAUUAUUUAAAAAGAGUGUGUAAGCUGUACUCUGAACAAAGAGCCAUCCGAGUCAAACGAAUGGUAGAUAAGAAAAGAUUGUCCAGGCUUGAACCAGAACAGAGCAAUAAAGCUCAAGCAUCCUCUUUCCCUGAAAAAACUGUAACGAAUUCUUCAGAAGAAUCUGAAGAAAAACCUGCUUGUGAGGAAAACAAAGAUCAGAAUCUGACAGAUGCCAACUCUAACUUUGGGCUAUGGGGGGAUGGCAAAGGUGAAGAUGAACUGUCACCUGAAGAAAUUCAGAUGUUUGAACAGGAAAACCAGCGACUUGUUGGUGAGAUGAAUAGCCUAUUUGAUGAAGUGAGACAAAUUGAAGGGAAAGUGGUUGAAAUCUCCAGACUUCAAGAGAUAUUCACAGAAAAAGUCUUGCAACAGGACACCGAAAUUGACAAUAUUCAUCAGUUAGUUGUGGGUGCAACAGAGAAUAUCAAAGAAGGCAAUGAAGACAUAAGAGAGGCAAUCAAAAAAAACGCUGGCUUUCGAGUAUGGAUCCUUUUCUUCCUUGUAAUGUGUUCGUUCUCUUUGCUUUUUCUGGACUGGUAUGACAGUUAGACUUUGUUUUAUUAUGUGCUAUGUUUGUAUAAGAUUUAGUGCAUCUUGCUUUGAGAGAAGGAAUGUCUAUCUGCAAAUGUAAUACUGUUGUGACUGGAAAAUAUUUUCCUGCAAAAAAAGUGUGUCUGUACCACUCUUGCAGUGAACAGAUCAACACCAUUUAAGUCCAUUCAGCAGCUUCAUAAAACAGGUAGUCUUUCAAAGCUAAAAACCUUUGAGACAGCUAGCAAGUGAAAAGUAGGCUCGAGUUUAGUAAAUUGCAAGAAAUUUUCAAUAAAAUGUAAGUUAUACCUUUAGGAAAUUUUAGCCCACCAAGCCAAUUAGUGGAAAGUUCACAAUGUAGACAGGAUGUACAAUGAAGAAAAUUGUUGCAAUGCAUACAGGGUUGAGCUUUUCUAUCUACCUUCUCGGGUUUCUUUUUUAGUCACAUCACUCACUUCAAAGUGUAGUGACCUUGUACAUGUGUGACAGCCACUCCUACUCCUGUAGAGUUAGUUUGUGCAGGGGUUACUUGUAUUUGGUGGGAAAUAAUUGUCUUUUAAACGCUGUUAUAAAGCUUUACUUAACUAGGUUUCAAGAAGUUUAGAGUGUCAUGUUUGUUAAAUUAUAGUAAACACAUUGUGAUGUAACUGAUGUAUUGAGAUGUUGGAGCAAAGCCGAAGAAUAGAUAAUAUAGAAGCCAAACUUUCUGAAGUAUUAAAAUUGUUAACUAUCUGUUCAAAA